UUCAAAUAUCAACAACGCCAUUUUGCCCGUGCCCUUUUGGAAGCAGGGCUGUUUUGAUAUCAAGCCUGUAAAAGUAAACACUAGCAAAAAUCAUGCUCGCCGGUGAUAAUCGGACAAUUUCUGUAAUAAAUACGCAUUUCAUAAGCGACUCUGGGAAAAUUUCGUCAAUGAGGUACGAAGUCGACUUGGCCGUUCACCAAAUAAUAAACAAGAGUCACUUCAUAACCGACAAAAAUGUGAGUUUUAACAUCAGCGACGCGGUAAUUUUUAGCCAUCAGAGGCUUUUUAAUGAAGAUCUCGGGUCGGUGCAAUUGUACAGACUGGACAAUUCUCAGAAUUUGGCACGGAAACCCAAGCUGAACAUUCCAAACCUGAUAAGGUGCCAGAACUGCGAGACGAACUACCCCACCAAAUACCAGUACCAAAGGCACCAGUGCGAGUUCAACGCCGAGAAGGUGGUUCUUAAACCGAACGCCGACCUGGCGGACAUCGAGAAGGGCAAACGCAUCAAAUAUGACUGCCCCACGUGUGGUAAGCAGUUCGUGAGCAAGAACAACCUGGAGCGCCACCAAACCAGCCACGAGAGCUCCAAAGACAACACGUGCGAGCACUGCAAGAAGCAGUUCGUGAGCGAAAAUCGGCUGCGAAUCCACAAAGAAAACCACUGCAAGAAAGCCGGAGACAUCUCCAAGUUCUACAGGAGCGACGUUACUGUCUGGAAGUGCAAAAAAUGCCACGAGGUGUUCUCAUCCAGCAUCACUGCAGGGUAUCACGUCGACCUCUGCACUGACUUGAUUGACAGUUCUGACAUUAAAAAAGAACCACUGAGUGACAGCAGCGGCGACCAAAACCCCAAGAAUGACAAAACGAUCGAGAAAAUCUCGACCGAGAUUCUUCUGCAGUGCGAAUUCUGCAACCGGACUUACGCCGACAAGCAGAUUCUCCUCAAGCACCAAAAAACUCACAAAACCGACAAAAACUACGAAUGUGUGAUCUGUAAAGACGUUUUCGAGUCAUACAUCACAGCCUCGCAGCACUGGUUGAAAAAAUGCUCAGAAAAAGCCAAUCUUUUCUACUUACCCAAACUGACCUACUGCGAAUUCUGCGAUCGUACUUUUAAGUCGCACGAGAUCCUCUAUACUCAUAAAAUCAAGAAGAAGCAUUACACGCCCAAAAUCCACGAAAGCGUGGUCGAGAAAACUUCAAAUCCGGUCAAAGACAUCAAGAGCGAAGACGUCAUCGAUAAGUUAAUCGAGGAUGUGCUGAUCGCUUUGGAAAUCCCGAUCAACAAAAGAAAGAAGAACGUAGAGAACAAAGAAGAAAUCGAUAAAGAGAAUGUGUGUUGCGAAACCACGAAAGUUAAAACUGAGCCUUUAAACCAGACGAUUACUCAAAACGUGGAGGAACCCUCUGGAGUUCCCGAGAAAAAGAAAAGGGGCCGAAAGAGAAAAUUCCCAAAGCAACAACCUAAAGCGAAGAAACCCUGCGUGGCGUUGGACGAUGGGUACAAGUACCAGUGUGAACGUUGUACUGAGGUGUGGAAUACCAUCACCGAAUUGGAGUCCCACAGGGAGAAAGAGCAUGCUGCUAAUUUCAACUGUGACGAAUGCGGACAGGUACUACAUAGUGCGCGAGCUCUCCUCAUCCACAGCAGGGCUCACAAAAGCCUGAAGCCCUACGUCUGUGACACUUGCGGCAGAAGCUACUCCCAAACCUCCCACCUCUGGCAGCACAUGCGCUUCCACCAAGGUAUAAAACCUUUCGCUUGUCCCCACGAGGGGUGUGAAGCCCGAUACACAAUCCGUCCGGACCUUAAAGACCACAUCCGCAAAGUCCAUACCAGAGAAAGACCCUUCAAGUGUAGCGUCUGUGGCAAGUGUUUCCUCACGGGCUCAGUCUACUACCAGCACAGGCUCAUUCAUACCGAAGAUCGACGUUAUGGAUGCGAUAUGUGUGAGAAGAGGUUCUUCCGAGCUGACGCUUUAAAUAAUCAUAAGAGGAUUCAUACAAAUGAGCGGCCGUACCCUUGUUUUGUGUGUGGAAGGUUGUUUAGACAGAAGGGGGAUCGCAAUAAGCACUUCAGGACGCAGCAUCCAGAUGCUAUUUUGAAUUAAAGUUAAACCGCAGACUUUAAGAAUUUUAAUCUUUGGUUUAUUUUGUUUAGGGUUUUAUGAAGGUCGCAAUUAUUAAUUUUUGAGUUAGUAUUUUUGUUUGCAAUUUUGUUGAAUAGUGAAGUGUUGAUUGUGCUAUAAAUAAAGUGAAAUUAAGUUCAA